CAGUCGGCCCUGACGUCACCCGCACUCGGGUAUAUAAGGCCUGGUCGACGUCCCGAUCGUCAGUCGAACCCAGAUAGUUCAAGUCACCAGAAUGAGACAGCUUGUAGUGAUCGUGGCGGUCCUUGGUGCGACUAUGGCAAUGCCUCAGGUCGCCCGAGACAACACCUUCACCAAGAUUCUCUCAUUCGAAUCUUUCCAAGAUGGCAAUAACUUUGGCCACGAGCUCGCUCAAGAGGACGGCACCACCUCUGGUCAGAAGAUAGGCCCCGACGGUCUUCUGUAUGGGUUCUACUCUUACAUCCAGCAGGACGGCAACCGCGUGAAGGUUCUGUGGAGGGCAGGUGAGGGCGUCGGAUACGAGGUCCUCGGUGUUGAGGGUCUGAACCAAGAGGGUCUUGGCAACCUGAGGGCUCACAAUCAGCCCUCUACAGCCCCUAGAACCGUCGCCCCACGGCCCGCUCCCCGUUCCCGUGCCCAGUCUGUGCCCCGCGUGCCUCCUACUCCUUCCCAUGCCCCAGUCCACAUCCCCCGCACCGCUUCCACCCUCCCUCAGGGCCAUUUCAUGCCCACUCCUGCCCCUAUUUACCCCCAGGAUCCGUCCCAUACCCCCCACAGGUUCGACUACCCAGCCGUGCUCAACCUGGAGAGAACAGGCACUGGGUACGUGUCUUCCCUGACGGCGGCGUAAAGAUGGCGUCGGUAUCUCUGUAUAGUUGAAUAUAAAAUUAUAUUUGUCUCUUGUAGAGUCUUAAUGAUUAAAUAAAAAACUCCCAUUUUUUAUAUAUAUA